UGUCAUUUAUACAAAGGAGAUCAAGCCCAACUCAAUGUGCCUAAAACCCACGGCUGCUAAAUAAGCCCAAAUCAUUAACAUUUUACAAAAUGUGUGUGCGGGCAAAGGGGCUUACAAAGCGGUCUCAGUCACACUAGUUACUGAAUACAAUCCUGAAUGAAAUCCUGACUUCUCCAACUGUGUUAACUGGAACAGUGUCUAUUUACUCAGGUUUACUCAAUUCCCAGCUCCUAUUUUGGAUUUCUGAGAUAAAUAGAAUCCAACAUAACAGGAUAAACACCCAGGGAUUGUGACAAAUAUUCCAGCAAAAGCAUAUGUGAAAAUUGAGGAAGGAGACCAAAAUAUUUGACCCAAAGCAUACUGUUUAAAAGGCGAUUCUAAGGAAAUGUGGACACACUUCUCAGAGGAUGAGGUUGAAUCGGCAAAAAUAUCUUUCUCAUUCUUAUGGGAGUUAUUGAAUAAAAUAUUUGUGGUAAUUCUGGCAGAUAUCAUAGAUUUACUCUGAUUUAAUGACAGCCAGUGAGCAAAAAAUAGUUUUGUAUUUUCAUACAGUUUGUGUAAAUAUCAAGUUUCAACUGUAAAAUAUUUGCAGAUUAAGUAAGAACACACCGAGAAUAAACACCUUCAGCUGCUACUUCUGUUAGUACGACUAAAAAUAUUGCAUAUAAAGUUAAUUGCUUUUGGAUUGAUGCCGACACCGAGCUAACCCACGUCAUCGCUUUCUGCGACAAAAUGUGGAGUAAGAGCUCAUUAAAGCGGCAGCUGACGCUACGCAUUUUCAGCACCACGGACAGCUUCAUUCUGCAACCAGUGCAGACGUGGUGCGUAUAAAAGCCUGCAUGGAUGCUUCUCUGCACCACAGACCCGCACUGACAACAUGAGCCACAGGAUGGAUGACAGGUUCGGCUUCCCGCUCAGAAUCGCUCGUGAUGCAUGUUCACAAAGCAAGCCGAGGCAAUCAGAAUUAGAAACCUGGAGGGCGCCUGGGGACACGAGCUCCACAAAUCCCAGAUCUGAAAAACGCAACGAUAAAGAGUUGAUGCAUGGUUUGAACGACCGACUUGCAGGUUUUAUUGAAAAGGUACACCAGCUGGAACACCACAACCACCUUCUGGAGAGGGAAAUUGAAGACAUCAGAGGGAAACUCAAGCCUGCAUCUUGUUUGGAAGAGGAGUACGGUCCGGAGCUGAGGAGACUGAGGCAGCUUGUGCAAGAUAUCACCCACCAGAAGAACCAAAUUGAGAUUGAGCAUCAUAAUCUGGAGGAAGAUAUUUCCACUUUGAGGAGGCAGCAUGAUCGAGAGGCAGAGAGCAGAUCAGAGGCUGAAAGCAACAUUAUGAUCCUGAAGAGAGACGUGAGCAAUGCAUAUCAGGCUAAACUACUGCUGGACAGCAAAGUGGAAUCCCUCGUAGAUGAAAUCGCCUUUCUGAAAAGAAACCAUGAGGCUGAAGUUUCAGAGAUGUGUGACCAGAUCCAAGAUGCUCAGCUUAAAUUUAAAUCACACGAUUUUGGCCACCCCGGUGUCACUGUGGCACUCCGGGACAUCAGGACACAGCUGGAAGGUCACACUGCUGCCGACGUCCAGGAGGUCGGGGAAGGCUUUCGAGCUCAGUUUGCCAGACUGACCGAGGCUGCUGAGGCCAAGAGAGAGGCGCUAAAAGCGAGCCAGCAGGAGAUCCAAGAGUACAAGAGGCGUCUGCACUCCAAGACCAUUGAGCUGGACUGCACUAAAGGAACCAGAGAAGCUCUGGAGAAGCAACUUCAUGAUGUUGAGGAUCGCCACAAGGAGGAACUUAUUCACUAUCAAAAUACAAUCAAAGAGCUUGAAAAUGAACUCAUAAACUGCAAAUUUGACAUGUCUGGCUACCUAAGGGAGUACCAGGACCUCCUGAAUGUGAAGAUGGCUCUGGACGUGGAGAUAAUGUCCUACAGGAAACUCCUCUGUGGCGAGGAGGCUCGGCUGUCCUCCGUCUCUGACCCCCACGUCCCCUUACCUCAUAUCUACCACCAGUCGCCCGUUUAUACCCUCCCCUGCUUCAGCCGACCAGGAGUCACACAAAGACGAGCAGAGCCCAGGUACAAGUUUGUGGAGGAGAUCAUAACAGAAACCACCAGGGAGAUUGAGAUGUCAGAGUUUGAGGAGACGGGAUCAGAGGACGCGCAUGUGGGGAAGGAUGAGCAGGACUGUGGAAAAAGUGAGACAGGGGCCACUGAAGAAGAGGGUGAUCAUAAGGACAGUCGAGAGGAUGAGGGAAACGAGAUGUCUGAUAGUCAGCAGAGUCAAGUAGCAUCAGACGAUAAGCCGGGGAAUGAAGAUGAUGAUACAAAGGUAGCUGAUGAUGUUAAUGGGCAAAACAGUGGAGAAGAACCACAGAACAUAGCAGCUCUCGUCAGUGGUGAAAAAGUGGUUACAGAGGUAGAUAAUAAAGUAGUGCAGAACAGUAAGGAGAAAGAAUCUGCAGAGACUGAGAUACCCAGUCAGAAGUCUCCUGCUGAAAUCCUAGUUCCAGCAUCGGAGGAAGGUGACAAAACUCAGCAGCCGAGUUGUGAUAUCCAGGUGCAGGAGGAAGUCAAUGAAUCGGCUGGAGAAGCAAAGACCCCUGCGAUGAUAGAAGAGGAAUGUGUAGAAAUCGCGGGACUGACGUCUGGAGCACCAAAAAAUGAGGAGAAAGAAAUUAGCCACACGAAGCAAAAAGAAACCACUAAGGUUGGUGUUGCAAAAGUUGAGGAAGAACGCGCAGAGAGCGCUCAAGAUGCCACACAUGAAAGCAAUAAAGACCAAGAUAAAUCCCCAUCUUCCAAAUCUAUGGAGACAGCAGUGGGUCAGCAACCAGAAGGAGGAGACAAAACCCAAAUCACUUCAUCUGCUUUGCAACAGGAAAAGGAAGAAUCUGUGGCUGCAGAAAGACAGGAGUUACAGCAGGCACCUGCAGAAAGCAGUCAGACUCCAAACUAAAAUCUAAGGGCUCAAGGAAAAUGGCAGCUUCUGCUGAAGUGAAGAAUGAAUGAGAACACUUUGCACUCAAAGAGACAACAGCCGGAAAUAGAGAAGGGCUCAAUACGGAAACGCAAGCUCGUGGCAUCUGCACAGUCGAGAACAAAGAAUGAUGCUAAAUACAGGAAUGGGUUGUAAAAAUAUCUAUUUUACAGGAGCACAUGCUUUUUUAUUUUGUUUUUAUCAUGUCUGACCUUAAAAUGUAAACUGGCUUCCAGAUAUAUUGAAACACCAAAAAGAAAACCUUAUAUAACUACAAAUAUUAAUGCAACUUGGUCAUUUGAUUGUUUUUGCUCUGGUGUGUGCAAAUAAAAGCAAUACA